AUGACCAUACUGCACGGCACAGCCAUGGUUAAGUCCCUGCUGCUCCUGAUGUUAGGGCUCACCCUCCUGAGGGAGGUGGCAGCUAGGACAAACCCCAAAGCAGCCUCUUGCCCUCCUCUGGAGGACCAUUUUGUGAGGGUUGACGUUCGCCUCAUCAAUCAAAACAAGGGUUUUUCCAGCUCACGUGACAUCCAGAACCGCUCCAGCUCCCCCUGGGUUUACAACAUCACCCGGGACCCCAACCGGUUCCCCUCUGAGAUUGUAGAGGCCCAGUGCAGGUACUUGGGCUGUGUCGAUGCCCAGGGGAAGGAAGACCACACUAUGAACUCCGUUCCCAUCCAGCAAGAGUUCCUGAUCCUCCGGAGGGAGUCCAAGGGCUGCCCUGGCUCCUUCCGGCUGGAGAAGGUGCAGGUGACUGUUGGCUGCACCUGCGUCACCCCCAUCAUUCAAGAUAUAAAUGCCUGAGUGCCGCACGGCUGCUCCACUGAAGAGGCUGUAGAAACGCCACU